AUGUCGACGUCAAACUGCAGAUUCUACGAAAACAAAUACCCGGAGGUGGACGAUGUGGUGAUGGUCAACGUGCAGCAAAUUGCCGAAAUGGGCGCGUACGUCAAGCUGCUCGAGUACGACAACAUUGAAGGCAUGGUGUUGUUGAGCGAGUUGUCGCGUAGACGUAUCCGUUCGAUCCAAAGGCUGAUCCGUGUGGGCAGAAAUGAAGUCGUCGUGGUGCUCCGUGUCGACAAGGAAAAAGGUUAUAUCGAUCUGUCGAAACGUCGUGUUUCGUCAGAGGAUAUCAUCAAGUGCGAAGAAAGAUACCAAAAGUCCAAAGCGGUGCAUUCGAUCAUGAGGCACUGUGCGGAGAAGUUCUCAUUUCCGCUAGAAGACCUGUACAAGUCGGUUGCAUGGCCGCUAAGUCGAAAGUACGGCCAUGCGUACGAUGCGUUCAAGUUGUCUAUUGUCGACGACACCGUGUUUGAGGGCAUUGAGCCACCUAGCAAGGAGAUUUUCGAGGAGCUGCGUCUGUACAUUUCGCGCAGAUUAACUCCUCAAGCGGUCAAGAUCCGCGCCGACAUCGAAGUUUCUUGUUUUAGCUACGAGGGCAUCGACGCCAUCAAAGCUGCGCUGCAAGCGGCCGAGGACAUUUCUUCGGAACAAAUGCAGAUCAAAGUGAAACUAGUUGCCGCUCCGCUUUACGUGCUGACGACCCAGGCCCUUGAAAAACAGCAAGGUAUCGACCUGUUGGAAAAAGCUAUUGAGAAGAUCUCCGAAGUCAUUACAAGCCACGACGGUGUCUGCAACGUCACCAUGGCUCCAAAGGCCGUCACUGCGACGGAAGAUGCGGAAUUACAAGCGCUUUUGGAGAGCAAAGCUCUCGAAGACCAAUCCGAUUCCGAAGAAGAAGAAUCCGACUUCGAGUAA